GGAACAGGUGGAGGCCGGGCUGGCCCGGGCUUCAGCCUCCAGCGUCGGGAAAUGGCGGCGGGGGGCAGGCUGGAAGAUGGUUCUUUGGAUCCAUCCCAAAGUAUUGAAGAUGACCCCCUGCUGGACACCGAGCACCUUUCGCAUUACUCAUUACACGCUCAUUUUAGACCCAGGUUCCACCCUCUUCCUACGGUCCUCAUAGCAAAUCUCCUCCUGUUGGUACAUGUGGUGUUUGUUAUUUUAGCAUUUUUAACAGGUGUGAUUUGUUCUUACCCUAAUCCAAAUGAGGACAAGUGCCCAGGAAACUACACCAACCCACUGAAAGUUCAGACUGUAAUAAUCCUUGGAAAAGUUAUUUUGUGGAUUCUUCAUUUCCUUCUUGAACGCUACAUUCAGUAUCACCACAGCAAAGUAAGAAACCGAGGCUAUAACAUGAUCUACCGAUCAACAAGGCAUCUUAAGAGACUUGCACUAAUGAUACACUCCACUGGCAGCACGGCGCUUCUCCUCACUCUGUGCGUGCAGCACUCCUUCCCCGAGCCCGGCAGGCUGUAUCUGGACCUCAUCCUGGCCAUCCUGGCCCUGGAGCUGAUCUGCUCCCUGACGUGUCUACUCAUCUACACAGUGAAGAUUCGAAAGUUUAAUAAAGCCAAACCACAGCCUGAUAUACUUGAAGAAGAAAAAGUCCACGCUUACCCCAGCAAUAUUACUUCAGAGACUGGAUUCAGGACUGUUUCAAGCCUAGAAGAAAUCGUCGAAAAGCAAGGAGACAUAAUAGUUUACCUGAAGCGACACAAUGCACUGUUGAGUAAGCGGUUGUUGGCUUUCACUUCCUCGGACCUAGGCUCUCAUCCAAGUAAAAUGUGAGAGUUCAAGGUAAAGACAGCAAUUGCGAAGGAUCCAGACUAAUUUAAGACUGACUACCUGACAAGCCGUCAUAGAAAAUUGCAGUUUUGCCAAGUGACAUUUUACAGUUUUUUUGGAAACCUGAAUUUGGUUCUCACCUGUGGGGCUGUUUAAUAUUAUAUAUAGGUCUUGUGGAUUAUGUGAAGGUGAUAUGUGGAGCCUUGAUAACUCAAGGAGAAUGCCUGUUUUGCACAUUUUAAAGUUAUUUAACUGCCUGAUUAUCCUAGGACCAAAGGUAGAGUUUAAACAUCUCCCGGGCCAACACUUCUUCCACAUGACAUAAAAACCCUGUGAUAAUUUGGCUAUUUAUAGAGGGAGGCUGACAUGCCAAUGUAUUUAAAACAGGGAUUUGUUCAAAUAUGUCCUUUCCACUUUUAAACUGAUGAGGGAAGUCAUUUCUUGUGUUGUUUCUUCCUAUGGAGCCUAAUCAUAUAUUUUAUAUGCCUGUGUGGUUUUGGAUGGCAGCUUGCCCCUUGUAGCUUUUAUAAUUUUCUCACUGAGUUCUCACUAGGUGAUUUACUAUGCAAACUCCUAGUUUUUCAUUCUCCAGAAAUAAGAUAUGAAGGUUACUUGGAUCAGUGUUAGACUGACCAUGGCUGUCUGUUCCCUCAAUAGCACCUUCCACUGGCAACACCUUUAACUUUAUUUUUACCCUUCUUCAAGUAGUUGCCAUGCAUUUCAGUACUGACUGUAUAUCUUCACUGGAUUAAUAAGUUCAGUGAUAGGAAAGGGAUCUUCUCUGCCUUUAAGUUUGACUAAAAGAAAAAAAAGGCACCUUUUAGUUUUGGAUUAUAUUUAAAAAUUAUGAUGGGUAUAAAAUGUCCUAUCCACUUCUGUACUGAUAUUAAACAAGUCUAAUUCUCCAGA